AUGACCAGCUUCAUACGUCCAGAUGUUAAAAAUUUUGUUGCCUGGGACUAUGUUGUUUUUGCGGCACUCUUUGUCAUUUCUUCUGGUAUAGGAGUCUUUUUUGCAGUUAAAGAGAGGAAAAAAACGAGUUCCAGGGACUUUUUAGUUGGUGGCAAACAGAUGACUUGUGGACCAGUAGCUCUGUCUCUCACAGCUAGUUUCAUGUCAGCCGUGACUGUGCUGGGAACCCCAGCUGAGGUAUAUCGCUAUGGGGCAUCCUUCAUCAUCUUCUUCAUUGCAUACACAUUUGUCAUCAUUUUUACUUCAGAACUUUUCCUGCCUGUAUUCUACAGAUCUGGGAUCACAAGCACUUAUGAGUAUUUGGAGUUAAGAUUUAACAAGCCUGUCCGUGUUGCUGCUACAGUUAUUUACAUCGUGCAAACGAUUCUUUACACUGGAGUGGUUGUCUAUGCACCAGCUUUAGCUCUCAAUCAAGUGACUGGAUUUGAUCUUUGGGGCUCCGUUUUUGCAACAGGCAUUGUUUGUACAUUCUAUUGUACCCUGGGUGGAUUAAAAGCUGUGGUCUGGACUGAUGCCUUUCAACUGGUCGUCAUGCUGAUAGGUUUCUUAACAGUUUUGGUUCAAGGGACUAUUCAGAAUGGGGGACCUAAUAAGAUCUGGGAGACUGCUAAGAAUGGAUCACGCCUCACUGUAUUUGACUUUGACAUUGAUCCCCUGAGAAGACACACAUUUUGGACAAUCGCAAUAGGGGGGACAUUUACCUGGUUAGGUAUUUAUGGAGUUAAUCAGUCCACAAUACAAAGAUGUAUUUCCUGCAAAUCAGAAAAGCAAGCCAAACUUGCUCUGUAUUUUAAUUUAAUAGGAUUGUGGGUCAUCCUGGUAUGUGCAGUCUUUUCUGGUUUGGUGAUGUUUUCCCAUUUUAGGGGCUGCGAUCCUUGGACUGCUGGUUUUAUUUCAGCACCUGAUCAGCUAAUGCCAUAUUUUGUUAUGAUCAUCUUUUCCUCAGCCCCUGGAGUUCCAGGAUUAUUUGUUGCAUGUGCAUUCAGUGGAACGCUCAGCACAGUGGCAGCAAGUAUAAACGCUCUAGCAACUGUAACAUUUGAAGAUUUUAUCAAGAACUGUUCAUCAAAUCUCUCUGAAAGAAUGAGCACUUGGGUCAGCAAAGGUUUAUGUAUAGUAUUUGGUAUAGUAUGUACCUCAAUGGCUGCAGCAGCAUCGCUUAUGGGUGGCGUUGUGCAGGCCUCACUUAGUAUUCAUGGAAUGUGUGGGGGACCUAUGUUGGGAUUAUUUACGCUGGGAAUUAUUUUUCCUUGCACCAACUGGAAGGGUGCUAUUGCAGGUCUCCUGACUGGAAUCACUUUAGCAUUUUGGGUUGGCAUUGGGGCUUUUGUUUACCCUGCUCCAUCAUCAAAGGCCCUUCCAUUGUACCUCUCAACAUCUGAGUGUGCUGUCAAUAAUACAGGAGUGAUAGCUACAGUAACUCCUACAAUACCACCUUUCAGGCCUCAAUUGGCAGAUUCCUGGUAUUCUUUGUCGUACCUUUACUACAGUGCUGUUGGGUGUCUUGGAUGCAUUAUUACAGGGCUUCUGAUAAGUUUUGUAACAGGGCCCAAUAAAGGAGAAGAUAUUAAUGCCCUUUUAAUUCGUCCUGUCUGCAACAUAUUUUGCUUUUGGUCUCAUAAAUACAAAACAUUGUGCUGGUGCAGAGUGGAUCAUGCUAAAACACCACUUCACGAGGGAUCAACAAAAGAUCUCCACAAAGAUGAAACAAAGAAGGCAGAAGGAGAUGAUGUACUCAAGAAUGGACUGGAUAAAGACAUACAGACCCAUAUCCCUGGCUAUAAUCCAGAUGAAAAAUCAUACAUUAACACAAGCAUGGAGACAGAAUCUUACUUUUAG